AUGACACAACCAUCUUCAGCCAUGUCUAUUACACAGCUGUGUAAUAGUGAAGACUCAAAUGAAAAUAUCCAACUACCACCUAUUCAGCAACAAGAACACUUUAUUCGUCGUUUGCCACUUGUUCACUCAGCAUUAAAAGCAUAUGAGAAUUCGAGUUCAGUUGUCAAAUACGGUGCAGAAAUGAUUGAAUCUUAUGCAGGUCCUAUAUACGAUAAACUAGGCUAUGAUCGUAAAUUAAAACAAGAGGAAGACGAAGAUACAGUAGCAGCUACCACAGCGCUUGCCCGUGCCUCUCUUUAUGACCAUCAUCAAGAAAUAAAUCAUCGUCCUAAAGACCGAAAAUCAAGACCGACAUCACGAUCCACUUCGCCUCAUCGUCCAUAUAAAUUACACCGUCCAGCCAAGAGUCGCUGGCAACAGAUCGUAUUUCAUGCAGGAUCUGCUGCAGGCACCACAGCUGCAGUGAUUUCAGAAGAAUCCAUGAAAUGCUUGAAAUACUGUCUAAGUUGGCUUCAAUACGCCAUAGGACAUAUUGAUCAACAGAUGAAUAUCUUGCGUCAAUUCUUGGUCUCAUUAGCGACUGGUUCGUCUAAUCGAGUUCAUCAUGACCAGGUUUCUUCUGUCAAGAAAGAAAUUGUAGAUACUUUACGCAAAGUAGUCGAAGUUGUCAGUAAAUAUGCGGGUUCUGGAUUACCUGAGCAAGCCAAGAUUAGUGUACGUUCCUUUAUCCUAGAGCUCCCUAGUCGUUGGGCUGUUUUGAACCAGAAGCCUAAAGAAGAACAUCCUUUGCAUGAAACAUCCAUACGAUUAUUAGAUUUUGGUGGUGAAUCGAUUGAUAUGCUCAAGUCUGUCUCAACUGUGUUUUCAGACACGAUUGACCGUGCUGAACUUUGGUUAAAACGACUUAAAGUAGUGUCCCCUUCAAGUAUGGAUAACUAG